AUGAAGCCUCACAAUUCCAUCACUUAUGAGGAAUUGGAAGUUCGUUUAGAUGACAAGCCCAAUAAGGACGGGUUCAAUGUACGAGAAAGUCUCCAAAGGUUUGAUUUCAGAAAGGAUCCAAGAAUUAAUUUAGUACCAACUGAAGAUUUAGAGGUUAGGAGAACACUUUUGUUGCUGAACGAGCCUGAGAGUAAUGAUGGGGAGGACGUGUUCACUAGGCGAGAGAGAUUGAUCGAGCUCCUGCUCGCCAAUAAGACUUAUAUGGAGAUCUUCGAGGGCUCAUUGCUGAAGGAUAACAAAAUAGAGGAAGAAGAUGAAGAAGAAGACGAGGAUUUCUUCACACCAGCCAGUGAAGAGCUCAAAAAUGCAAGGAGAUUUUUAGUACAGUAUUCUACGGAUCGAGCCAAGAGGAGACUGCAUAAAGAAAGACAGGAAGCCAUCUAUUUUGAUAUCUCGAAAGAAAUUAAGUACAGGCGAACGUUGGCCCAUCAAUUGGAGAACAUUGGGCUACUCGGAUCUCAAAUUGCAUCUUCACGCCCCAUAUCUUCCGUGAAGUUUUCUCCGGAUGAUAAGCACUUGGCUGUUGGAAGCUGGGAUGGUGGCAUAAAGACUAUAUCAGCUGGAAGUUUAAACAUUAAAAGCUCAGUGGAGAAUGCACAUACCGGGAAAGUGGGAGAAGUGGACUGGAAUAGCUCAGGCGACCUUCUUGCCACUGGAGGUGAGGACGGUUUGGUUAAGUUAUUUACAGUUCAAUCGGGAGAGCUUCGGCAAGUGGCAGACCUACAAGGCCAUGAGAGACGGGUUGCAGGUUGCAGGUUCCAUCCUUUUGGCAGAUACAUAGCUUCGGCAUCUUUUGAUAACACUUGGAGGCUUUGGGAUGCGGAGACCAAUCACGAAUUACUUCUGCAAGAGGGUCAUGGUAAGGAGGUGUUUUGUCUAGCUUUCCAAUCUGAUGGUUCUCUCCUAUGUAGUGCAGGCUUGGACUGUACAGGUAUGAUAUGGGAUAUUCGAUCUGGUAACUGUGCUAUGGUCCUAUCAGGCCAUACCAAACCAAUUUACAGUGUUGACUGGUCUCCGAGAGGAUUUGAAGUUGCGACUGCAAGUGGAGAUGGUACUGUUAAUAUAUGGGACAUUAGGAAGACUAACCAACCCCAGGUGCUUCUGGCGCACAACAGUAUCGUUUCUGGCAUUCGAUUUGAGAAACAUAAUGGUAAGUUCUUGAUGUCGUGCGGCUACGAUAAGAACAUAAACGUAUACAGCGGUGACAGUUGGAAUAAGAUAACGAUUUUGAAGGGUCAUACUGACAAGAUUUUGGCUCUGGAUCUCGGUACGCAUGAUGGGUCUGUUGUAAGUGCAGGGUGGGACAGGUCGGUCAAGUCAUGGAAUGUAGAUAACUGA